AUGCAGCAAAUCGCUCUCAAUAUUCCGGUAAUCCCUUCUCACGCCGAGUUAUCGUCGCGGCCAACAAGUCCAGUUUGCGCGGUCCGCCUUUGUGAAUUCACAAGCGCCAUCAUGAUGAACAACCCACAAACAUACCAAGGCAAUCCGUCCGUGAUGUCCUCAAACACCCUUGCAAAGCCUUCCAACACCUUCUGCCCCGUGAUGCAGAUCGUUUCUGGAAGUAAAACCAUUCGUGGUAAAGAAGCGCAUCCCUCGUCAAAGGCACAUCGCCCAUCACACGCGAUGCUUGCGCCUCCAACGCCCCCCGCCCAUUCGCCGAGAAGGAGACAUGAUCACGAGCAACAGCAGCAGUGGCGCGCACGUCACACGCAGAGAAUCCUAAUCAACCAAGCAAGUGAUAUUGAGGUUCAAUUCGCUGAUACCUCCAAAAAGCAAUGGAAAUAUUGUUGGGCAGCAGAUUUCUCGGACUAA